AUGGAGAUCCAUACAUUUUGCGCAAUAUUGGUUGUCAUCCAAUUGCACGUUUUCCCCUGCGUUUCUUUAACUUCCUUUGUGUUCGGAGACUCAUUGGUGGAUGCAGGGAACAACGACUACUUGUUUACGCUAUCUAAGGCGGAUUCUCCACCUUAUGGCAUCGAUUUCCUCCCUUCCGGGGGAAGACCGACCGGAAGGUUUACCAAUGGCCGCACAAUUCCAGAUAUAAUUGGUCAAGUUCUUGGGGCCACGUCAUUUCCUCCGCCUUGCCUGGCCCCUAACACUACAUCAAACGCCAUUCAUGAAGGAAUUAAUUAUGCUUCAGGAGCUUCAGGGAUUUUGGACCAAACGGGAACGUUCUUUAUAGGAAGACUGACGCUGAAAGAGCAAAUUGGGUAUUUUGAAAAGAGUAGGUCAUACAUGGUGAAUCUAAUGGGAGAAGAGAAGACCAACGAACUCCUAAGCAAAGCAAUCUUCUCCAUUACAAUUGGAUCAAAUGAUAUUCUCAGCUAUUUCCGACCAUCCUUUCCCUUUUCUGGUGACAAAAUAGCUCCAGAAGUGUUGCAAGAUCAUAUGGUUUCCAACUUAACCACGCAGCUUAAGCGACUGCGGUGGUUAGGUGCUCGAAAAUUCGUGGUAGUUGGAGUUGGACCUCUUGGAUGCAUCCCUUAUGUCCGUGCCACCCGCCUUAUCCCAGAGGGAGAAUGUUCGAUUGAAGUAAAUUCGGUGGUGAGAGGCUACAAUAGCAAACUAAAAGAAGGGCUGAAUCGACUCAACAGAGAGGUGGGAUUUGGAGCUGUAUUCGUGUACGCCAAUUCCUACGAUGUCUUCAGAAGAAUGAUACGAAAUUAUCAUCAAUACGGUUUCGAGAAUGGGGAUGGUCCCUGUUGUGGUGGCUAUUUCCCUCCAUUUGUUUGCUUCGAAGGAAAGGGGAAGACGGCAAAUGCAAGCAGCUCAUUUCUGUGCAGUGAUCGAGCAAAAUAUGUGUUCUGGGAUGCAUUUCAUCCAACAGAGGCAGCUAAUCUCAUAGUCGCAGAGAAGCUGUUAGAUGGCGAUCCAAGUGUGUGCUCCCCCAUGAACAUUCGUCAGCUUCACCACACCCCCAUCAUUCCCAUUCACCAACGGAGCUAAGACUCCUUCUUGCUUCCAUUCACACAAUUCGGACUCAAUCCAACAUCAACAGCAACAUCUACUGAUCAUAA